AUGGCUCCUGCCGCCGUGAAGCGUGUUGCCGCAGCUUCCGUCAAACCCACAACUGUUGCUUUCACACAAAAGCGUUUCAACUCCACCUCUGAAACUAAGAUGACAGUUCGUGAGGCUUUGAACCAAGCUUUGGAAGAAGAAAUGAUCAAAGAUGAGAAAGUGUAUAUUAUGGGUGAAGAAGUUGCUCAAUACAAUGGUGCUUACAAGGUCACCAAAGGUUUAUUAGACAAGUUUGGUCCCAAGCGUGUUAUUGAUACUCCCAUUACUGAAAUGGGUUUCGCUGGUAUUGCAGUUGGUUCAGCUUUCUGUGGAUUAAAGCCUGUUUGUGAAUUCAUGACUUUCAACUUUGCUAUGCAGGCUAUCGAUCAAAUUGUAAACUCUGCUGCCAAGACACAUUACAUGUCUGGUGGUCAUGUCAAAUGCCCUAUCGUUUUCCGUGGUCCCAACGGUGCUGCUGCUGGUGUUGCUGCUCAACAUUCUCAAGAUUUCUCUGCUUGGUACGGUUCUGUGCCUGGUCUUAAGGUAGUCUCUCCUUGGAACUCAGAGGAUGCCAAGGGUUUGUUGAAGGCUGCCAUUCGUGACCCUAAUCCCGUUGUUGUGCUUGAAAACGAACUUGAAUAUGGUGUUUCAUACCCUAUGUCUCAAGAAGCACUUUCCGACGACUUUGUUCUUCCUAUUGGUAAAGCUAAGAUUGAGCGUGAGGGUACGGAUAUUACCAUCGUUUCACAUUCUCGACCUGUUGGUUUUGCCAUGAAGGCUGCUGAGCUUUUGGCCAAGAAUGGUAUUUCUGCUGAAGUUAUCAAUCUCAGAUCCAUCUCUCCUCUUGAUACGGAAACCAUUUUCAAAUCCGUCAAGAAGACUAACCACAUCAUUACUGUUGAAAAUGCAUGGGCUGCUUUCGGUUUCGGCUCCGAAAUUGCUGCUCAAAUGAUGGAAAGCGAUGCUUUCUGGCAUUUGGAUGCUCCUAUGACCCGUGUCACCGGCGCUGAUGUUCCCACACCUUACGCUACCAACCUCGAAGCCCUUGCUUUCCCUGAUGAGCAUGUCAUUGCUAAGGCUUGCAGAGACAACUUGGACAAGAAAAUUGGCUUCUAA